AAGAUGCUAGAUUUUUGCGCAACAGUGUUGUUUGUUACAUUACCGAUGGCUGCAUAAAUAACAUCAUAAAAAAAUGAUGUACAUAUACACACACACAUGCACAUAUAUGCAGCCACCGGUAAAUUCCAAUGCUGAAUUUAAAUAAAUAAGCAUCGUCACCAGCCAAAACAGGUUUGCUGUGACGAUGCAAAUUUGAGUUAGAUCAGUUCUGUCUCGAAUUUGAAAGCGCGUACGCAAGUUUCCCCCCCGAAGUGAACAGUGCCCAAAAACAAAAAAAACCAAAGUGUUAACAAAAAAAACAUAAUACAAAAAACAUAAAACAUUGUACAAAAAAUUGAAAAUAAAACAUUGUACAAAAAAAAAAAUUGAACAAAUUGAACAAAAAACUACAAAUAAACAAAAAAAUUGUAAACAAAACAUUGUACAAAAAAAAGGAAAUUAAUUGAACAAAAAAACCUAAAUCUAAACAAAAAGUGUAAACGAAACAAAUUGAAUUUAAAGAAUUGAAACAAAAUAAUAAAAGGAAAAAAAAGCAAAAAUAAACAUCAUCUUUUAAUUAAAUAACAAAUAAAAAAAGGUGAAGUAAAAAACAUUUGGUCCUCCAGAGCCGGAGCAUAAAGUGAAGUUUUUAAAAUAUUAAAAACAAAAAAAAAUUUAGUGGACAGACACAGUGAAGUGAAACAAAAACAAAAGUGCAUAAUAACAUAUAAAUAAAUAAAUUAACAAAAAGUGACGUUGAAAAAAAAAGUGCAACCAAAAGAAAAAGAAAAAAAAAAAAAAAUAGAAAGUACACUGUGCUACAAAAAAGUGACAUUAAACAAACAAAUAUAUAUUUUUACAAAUUUACUACAAAAAAGAGACAACACACAGUGCCACAAAACAAACAGAAAAUACACAGUGCUACAAAACAAACAGAAAAUACACAGUGCUACAAAACAAACAGAAAAUACACAGUGCUACAAAACAAACAGAAAAUACACAGUGCUACAAAAGUGACAUUAAAAAGUGAUACAAAGUGACAUUACACGGUGCUACAGAACUAAAAGAAAUUACACAGUGCUACAAAAAUAUACAAAAAUUAAUUAAAUUUUUUAUUUUUUCAAUAAAAAAAGGUCUACACAAAAGACAAAAUACAAAAAUAAAAGGUGUGAAAAAAGUGACAGUACACAAUAUCACAAAAAAAAAAACUAAAUAUAAAAUCCAGAAGUACGCAAAAUUGUGGAAGCUGCCAGAAGACCACGAAGGACUCCGGCAACACAACAACAAUAGUAACAACAAGAGCAACACUACAACAACGAAUUUUUUUUUGAGACCCAAAGGCCACAUCAAAAUAUGGCUGCCUACUUGCCCAAUCAAGACUGCCGUUUAGAUGAUCGCAGCCGCAGUCCCAACCAAUCCGAACGUCCAACAGCGAGAAGUUCUAGCAGACCCAGACGCCCAACCGAACCCAUUCCCAGCAGACCGGCUCAUAGACACCGCAGACUUCCCAGUUCCACAUCGCCAGAAAGACGUCAACGAAGCCGCUCCGCUGCAAGAUCCCGCCAACGCCAAGAACGACCCAGCUAUUGGCAGUAUUCCUGUGGGUUGUGUCAAGAGGACCAUGCCCUCAGUGCUUGCGAGAGGUUUCGCCACCAGACCCCCUUCCAACGCUAUGAGACUGUGGAGCGUAGGGGGUACUGCAGAAAUUGCCUUGCCAGAAGUCAUUUGGCCCCUGACUGUCCGUCGUUGACUGGUUGCAGGAGGUGCAACAAUCGGCAUCAUACGCUGCUACACGGGGCGUCUCAGCUGGAGGAAGUAUCCCUAAACGUGGAAGUUGUAACAACACCAAACUUUGCGUGGGAUUUGGUAUUUGUGCCAACGGCUAUGGUGCGCAUCAAGGCUGACAAAAUAGAGGGGUACAGCAUGCUAAGGGCAUUAAUCAGCCAAUCAGCGACGAUGUCCAAAAUAUCGUAUGCGGCUUUCCGUAGAUUGGGCCUACAAUCGCGGAUUUACAAAGGGCAGCGAUUUACCACCUUUACGGUUUCGCCCCGCCGCACAAACAGCCACUGGAGUCUUAGAGUUAAUGCCGUGAUAAUCGAAGAUUUGCCCAGGCGCAUUUACUCGGACCCAAUCCUCGAGGACCCCACAAGAAGUUUCCGAAAUUGCGCCCUAGCCGACCCUGAUCCCCGAGGCAACAAUCCCGUCGAUGUGGAACUGGGUGCUGACGUUUACUCAGCCAUAAGAAAAGACGAGUGCAAGGAGGCUGGAAUUGGAGAUGUCCUGGCCUAUGAUACCCAACUGGGUUACGUGUUUGCCGGUCCAAUAAAAAAUAUGCCAAAAAUAUAAGAACAACAUUGUAUUUGAACAUUGUAAAUGAAUGUAAACACUUGUCAUUCGGGGGCCAGAAAUGUUCAUAAAAGAUGCUAGAUUUUUGCGCAACAGUGUUGUUUGUUACAUUACCGAUGGCUGCAUAAAUAACAUCAUAAAAAAAUGAUGUACAUAUACACACACACAUGCACAUAUAUGCAGCCACCGGUAAAUUCCAAUGCUGAAUUUAAAUAAAUAAGCAUCGUCACCAGCCAAAACAGGUUUGCUGUGACGAUGCAAAUUUGAGUUAGAUCAGUUCUGUCUCGAAUUUGAAAGCGCGUACGCAAGUUUCCCCCCCGAAGUGAACAGUGCCCAAAAACAAAAAAAACCAAAGUGUUAACAAAAAAAACAUAAUACAAAAAACAUAAAACAUUGUACAAAAAAUUGAAAAUAAAACAUUGUACAAAAAAAAAAAUUGAACAAAUUGAACAAAAAACUACAAAUAAACAAAAAAAUUGUAAACAAAACAUUGUACAAAAAAAAGGAAAUUAAUUGAACAAAAAAACCUAAAUCUAAACAAAAAGUGUAAACGAAACAAAUUGAAUUUAAAGAAUUGAAACAAAAUAAUAAAAGGAAAAAAAAGCAAAAAUAAACAUCAUCUUUUAAUUAAAUAACAAAUAAAAAAAGGUGAAGUAAAAAA